AUGCUUGGUUUCGGUAAAGAGCAUGUGACCCACCUCCAUUUCUACUUCCACGAUAUUGUUAGCGGCCCAAAACCGAUAGUCGUCGAGGUAGCAAGAGCAGACUCGAUUAAUAAGUCGGCCACUGGGUUCAGAGCGGUCGUGAUGAUCGAUGAUCCCCUUACAGAGGGACCCGAGGUGACCUCUAAACCGAUAGGGAGGGCUCAAGGAAUAUAUGCCUCGGCUGCUCAAGAGGAAGUUGGCCUCCUGAUGACCCUCAAUUAUGUUUUUGUGGAGGGCAAGUACGAGGGUAGCACCCUUAGCAUUCUUGGGCGCAACGCUGUGUUUAGCGGUGUGACGGAGAUGGCCAUUGUUGGAGGAAGUGGAACUUUUAGACUGGCGCACGGUUAUGCCUUGGCCAAGACCCAUACCCUUGAUCUCAAAACUGGGGAUGCUGUGGUCGAGUACACUGUAUUGGUUCUGCAUUACUGA